UUUUCUGCAGGGUGUACACCCCGGAUCACUCGUACGUCACCAUCCGGAGCCGCCUGUCCUGUCGGGUCGGGGAGAUUCUGGCUCUGGUCAGAGAGAAGCUUCAGUACAGUGAAGACCAGCCGGUUCUGCCUGGAAACCUGGUUCUGGUGGCCGUCACCUCGUCUGGAGAGAAGGCCGUGUUCCGCCCCAGCGAUGAGGCCGUCUUCACCACCCUGGGGGUCAACACCCACCUGUUCGCCUGUGAGCCGUCUGAACUGGACUCUCUGCUCCCUCUCCCUGAGGAGAUCCACUGGACGCCAGGCGACAGUAAACUUCACGACAUGUCGGCGGAAGAAGUGGCCAAUCAGCUGGUGGUGUUCGACUGGGAGCUGUUCAGCUGCGUCCACGAGGUGGAGUUCGUGUGUUACGUGUUCCACGGCGAGCAGGCCCGCUGGCGCCCCCUGAACCUGGAGCUGGUUCUGCAGCGCUGCAGCGAGGUCCAGCACUGGGUCGCCACCGAGAUCCUGCAGUGCCAGUCCCUGCCCAAGAGGGUCCAGCUGCUCCGCAAGUUCAUCAAGAUCGCAGCGCUGUGCAAACAGCAGCAGGACCUGCUGUCCUUCCUGGCUGUGGUUCUGGGUCUGGACAACCCCGCUGUCAGCAGACUGAGACUCACCUGGGAGGGUCUGCCAGGAAAGUUCAGGAAGCAGUUCCAGCAGUUUGAGAGCAUCGCAGACCCGUCCAGGAACCACAAGUCCUACAGAGACCUGAUCACCAGCCUGAGGACUCCCCUGAUCCCGUUCACACCGCUGCUGCUCAAAGACCUGACGUUUCUGCACGAGAGCUGCAAGACGUUUCACGGAGAACUGGUCAACUUUGAGAAGAUG